CUCGAACUUUGUUGUUCGUGCUCGCCUCGUUUCUGCCGACGGCCAGGAAGACAGGAGCUUUGUUGUUCCACCCUCACGACUCAAAGAGGCUGUUCCAGUACCGUUCGGACCACUCCGAACAUUCCGACCACCUUCAUCAGUGCCGGACAAUCCCAACCCGGCGAUCGCCUUGGCCAACUCGACUCACAUCCAGCACAUAGAUAUUGCCAAUCGAGCCGACACCAUUGCGCCAUACAACGGCGUCAAGCAAGGCGAUGUAGAAUCGCCGCCUGGAUCGUCGAUGGCCUUGGUGGCUCAUUUGCAUGAGCCCGAUCCCAAGAAAGCGUUGAGCAGUGGCCACCGAACGGUUUUUGGCACCACAGAGUCCCCAAAUCAACAUCUCUCUCCGGGCUGGGCCGACAGCGAGUUGUAUAUGAGCAGAUUGCUGCCAUAUGCUCAGCACUCACUCUUUGGUGCCCUGAUUUCGCCAAGCAUCUUCGCCAAAGGUGUCAAUGGCACCGAAGCUGGGAUCUACUUUGUGUUUGGAGCAUUGUUCAUUCGAGUCGAGGGGACCUAUCGACUCAAUUUUGAUUUGGUUGAUCUGAGCGACGCUCGACGGUCCCCAAGCAGCAGCUGCCGGAUACUCGCGAGCAUUCUGUCCACUCCGUUUGUGUCCCACGGAUGGAAAGCCUUUCCGGGGAUGGGCCAGCCUUCAUCGACCCUCAGAGACUUGGUCAAACAAGGAACAAAGGUCACCAGAAAACAUAGUCCUGAGAAAUCUAACUGCGAAAUGAGUGCAGGGUGAUUUGAUAUCUGGCUCGUUGAACGUGAUGACCACGGUUCUGUGACUACAGUCGGUCCAGAAAGAGACGGGACAGUCGUAGGCCCCAGUGAGCAAGCCGUGGGAUGGUUUCCCGUCCUGGUUGGCAGUCUCUUGGUUUCGUUGGUUUGGGAAGCAUGGUCUU